AUGCCGCUUCUACGAGCCAUAGUGGAAGACUUGCCGCUUUGGCCAGCGGGCGAAAUGCUGCUGGCAAAACAACCACAGCGCGAGAGCCCCGAGGGUAGCGGUUCUGGACGAUCGCUUCCCAUCCCCCUGCUCGUCGUUUCGACACUUUCAGCCAUCUUUGCCUCCAUCUUCUCGGUCUAUCUUAUCUGGAAGCAGCUCAAAAACUAUCGCAAGCCCACCUUGCAGCGGUACGUAGUGCGACUCUUGCUCAUGGUUCCCAUCUACUCGAUCGCAUCAGUCAUCUCGCUCUAUUCGCUCCAGCUUGCCGACAUCAUCGACCUCUUCCGCGACCUGUACGAAGCCUUUGUCAUCUACUGCUUCUUCAACCUUCUUAUCGAGUACCUUGGCGGCGAACGCAGUCUCAUUGUACUGCUGCACGGUCGACGGCCUCAGGAACACCUUUUCCCUGCCAACCUCUUUUUGCACGACAUGGAUGCUUCGGAUCCUUACACCUUCCUCGCACUAAAACGUGGUGUGUUGCAGUACGUUCAGGUCAAGCCUGUGCUUGCGUUAGCCACGCUCAUCCUCAAAGCAGCUGGCAAGUAUGAGGAGGGCAAGAUCUCCGCUAGCAAUGGCUACACGUGGGUCUCGUUCACCUACAACGUCUCGGUCUUCCUGUCAUUGUACUGCCUCGGUAUGUUUUGGAAGUGUCUCAACGACGAUCUCAAGCCAUUCCGCGUUACUUCGAAAUUUCUCUGUAUCAAAGGUAUCAUCUUCUUCUCCUUCUGGCAAGGGCUUGGCAUUUCCAUCCUCGUCGCAGCUGGCCUGAUCAAAAAGGUCGGGCCCAUCUACGAUCCUGACUACAUCUCGAUGGCGAUCCAAGAUUUCAUGAUCUGCUUAGAGAUGCCCAUCUUUUCCCUCGGUCACGCAUGGGCUUUCUCGCAUACCGACUACAUCGAUCCGUUUGCACACUAUGCAGCGCGUCUCCCGGUGUACUAUGCGUUGCGCGACUGUAUUGGUAUGUACGACGUGUUUUCCGACAGCCUCACCACAGUACGCGGCACAGGAUACGUGUAUCAGACAUUCGAGCCUAGUGAAGGCGUGAUUCAUCAGCCUCUGGCUCGCGAGCGCAGAUCGAAAGCAGGCUUGCGAUAUACGCAGGGCGGCAAAGGCAAAUACUGGCUUCCGCAGCGAGGCACUGGUGAUAUUCGUGAUGCAACCCGAGGCGCACGCCACCAGGGACCACUCAAGAAGCUAAGGCGCUACAUCAACGAUAAGCGCAUGCAACUCGAAGGUUACGCCCCUCUCACGCCGCAGGAGGCCGACGAUAUCAUUCACGAUGAUCCGGACGUGGCUCAAGAACAAGCCACCUCGGAACGCAGUCCGCUUCUACGCAAUCCCAAAGACGCAGCUCGAAGCGCUGUGCGGCACGCGGGCGAGGGGCUCGACUUUUUUGCAGAGAGACGCCUCGAUUCGGACGAAGAAGCGGAAGAUUUGAGGUUCGACGAUCCUGAUGAGGAGGAAGAAGAUGCAUACCACAAGUCACGUACACUUCAUUUCGGUGACUAUGCGUAUCCCAACAUCGAUAUCAAUCGAGAGCAAGCUAGAAACACGAGAUGGCAGCAGGAUGAUGAGAUCGUUCAUAGGCGUCGACGAAAAGGUACUAUUUCCAAAAAGAACGAGUCGGAGGGUGCAAAGAAGAAGCUGGGCGAGGACCAAGUGAUCGAUGGUGAUGUGUCUGGUAGCGUCCAUGAACCAGACAAAUCGAACGGAGAGGCUGGACGUACGUCCAAGGGCAAAGCUAAGAAGGAAGCUGAUCGAGCAAAUGUCAAAACGAAGAAGCGCACGGCGCAGGAGGGCAAUAGCGGAAAUGGCUCGACUGAUGCCGAACGCAAGUCCAAGUCUGCGUGGUUGGCAUGGGACCGAGAAACCGACAACUAUCGUGAGGCUUGGCAAAGCAACGCUUCUGCCAAUGGAGCUGAAACUCAACAAGCCGAAGGAUCGGCAUCUCAGGCGUCUGCUGAGCACUCCAAGUCGUCGCCGAAGCUGGAUCCUUACGGAGCGGUCGAUUUGGUCGUCGAGGACUACAAGGCGGAAGAACGCGAGCGAUUGCUCGAACGCCGUCGUGGCGAUCCGGCGCUUCGUGCCGGAAAAGGCACGCGAAUCUUCCGCAAACAGUACACCCCCUCCGCUUCCGGUGCUUCCACCCCACCUGGUGAGCGCAAACGCUCGGCCGCAAUCGUGGAGCGAGAAGGUUCGCCCAACACCCCGCUCAACCCUCCCAGUUCCACCGCCGCCGCCGUCACCGUUCGCUCGCCCCAGACAGAAGCGAACCCGGAACGCUCCAAGGUGGAACUGCAAGAUUCAACUGAGCAUGGCAACGCAAGCAAUACAGGAGAUGAGAGCGGAGAUGUGCUGAUAAGCAGAGAACUCGACGUUCAAAACAACGAGGCGUUUUUGAAGGGCAGAGUUCUGUUCCCUGAACCACGUCGCAGCAUGGACGAAGACGACGGUCAAAACCCUUGGACGUAG